CGAAAGGAAGGCCUGUUUAACCCGUUUAACACCCUAAAUAUCCCUACGCAACCCACCCGUCAGUCCCGUUAUUUCGCGCACCCUCUACACUGACUGCCCCACCAAAUGUGGAGUCUUUCCGAUAUCUCACAAGCAAGCAUCUCCAUAUUCCAUCUUCAAUCCAUAUCCUCACAUUCCCCCUCAUUCUACCCAAAGCACGCUCCCUAACUCCCACUCCCCCAACAAAACAGGGCUCCUGCAAAUGAUCGCUUUGAGAUCUUGGGUUACAAUCAGGCCUUGCUGUUAUAUCCCUUCCUUUCCUUGAACCUUGGCCAUCCAUUAGCCGAUUAGCAACACGCAUAAUUGCCAAACAGAAAGUUGCAACCCCACAACUAUAUUUCGAUGACAACAUAGCUCACAAAUCGUUUGCCCUGGGCGAUAAUUCCUAUACGCGCGACCGUUCAAACAAAGGCCCCAAAGUCGCCCGGCUCACACACACGCCCACCAUGGACCCGUCCUCAGCUCCCCUCGCGGACUACUUCUGGAUCGCUGGCAUCGACUCCGUUUCCUACCACGACCUCCCCGAAGCUCCCAACAGCGGUCACACGACAAACAGCCUCCCGCCCGUGGGAGACAACACCAUAGCAGAAGGCCCCGAAGAGGGACAAGACGAGCCGAUCCUCGGCAGCGCAUCACGAGGCUCGACGGCACGACACUCGCGCGGCUCCCUCAACCGCCUGUCGCGCCUGUCGACCGACGCGCGAAACUCGAUCCAAUCCCUCGAAGCACUCGAUACGUAUAGCGGCAGCAACAGAUCUUCGCUGACUGUGCGCGCCGUGCCGAGCAAUGGGACCCAGGAGUCGCUGAAGCAGGGUCUGUCGGAUUUCGACUUCGAUAGGGCGCUGUCCAAAUUUGCGAAUGAGCGCGAGACAUUCUUGGAUGAUUUGAGCUUCAGCGCGGGCACGGUGAUGCAGAGCAGGCCGCCUAUGACGGCUAGGGCAGAGAAGAUAAAACAUGAUGAGGAGGGACUGGGUGGCAGGAAGAGUCCGUUUGGAAGGGUUGGUGGGAGCAUACGGAGGAAGAUAAGCUUUAGGGACCUGAACAGUUCCAAGAAACAGACUAUAAACCGAAGUGUCUCGAGCCGCACAUCUAAACGACUGAGCAACUACAAUUCCGUUAUACCACCACCUGAACCCCUAAACGCGGACCCUGAUAUGCACCCUUUAAAACGACGCCUUGAACCCGUCCUCCUUGACAGAUACCCACCGAAGACAGCAACGGACGAACUGCAGAGAAGGGGACGUUUCCCAGAUUAUGUCCCUAUGUUCGCUUUCCCUAACGAUAUCAACAUUGUCUCCUCAGACGAGAGGCCUCGGUCCACGUGGCACGGGUUUGCAAUGACUGGAGAUGAUAAUGCCAAAAUAUACGGCAUUACUGUGAUAGUGUGGCUACCACUUGGCGCCGAUGCGGCAGCGGCAGUUGAGAGAAAAUGUGAGGAUUGGCGUCAGAGCCAUAUGACCAAUGAAGAACGGGAGUUGGCAGCAAGCCUGGGCGAGAGAUUAGCUGGGGAAAGAGCUCACUUAUCGCAACUCCUUACUCAGCUCCCGGCGAUGGCCUCUGGGUCAACUGCCCGUGACGAUCUCGAGGAGCGAAUUAGCUCGGUCGAAGAGAAGAUUACAUUGAUGACGGACAUGUUGAGACCCGUGAGACAUGGUGCAGCAUCAAAAAUAGAGGGUCUGACGGAUGGUGACACAGGUCUCUGGACACCUAGAGCUUAUGGGAUUCUGGGGCGCGAUGCUGGGCUAACGAGCUUCUGGAAGGAGUGGCUUCGGGCUGUUAUUGUGCCUAUGACGGACAGCGGCGUGUUACGAGUUCCACCAAGUUCACCUAAAGUGGGCCGGUGGCAGCCGCUAGAACGAUAUGUUGUGAACCUGUGCACCGAGGCACUGUCACCUAUCACUUCAAAGACGCAGGUCGAAAUUGCUGUCCGAGAGCUUCGAUUAUUUGCCCGAAAGGAGGCUGUCAACGAGUUACCCGAGUCAAGAAACGCAGACUUGUAUGCUCUCUUCAGGGCCUUGACAAUCCCGAAUAUCGUGGCCUUGUUGGAAUUCGCCCUAUCAGAAUCUCGGAUUAUAUUUUUGUCGUCGCACACAGCUAUGCUGCAUUUAGCGACCAAGGCAUUGAUAACGCUGCUGUACCCAUUCAAAUGGGCAAGCAUCUUCAUUCCUGUGCUACCUGCACGGCUGAUCUCCGCAUUGGAAGCGCCUUGCCCGUACAUUGUGGGUAUUGAGCGACGAUACGAGAAUGUUGAUUUGCCAGAUGACGACUAUGUUCUCGUGGAUUUGGAUAACGACUCUAUCGAGUCUACUACACCGCCUGUGUCUCUACCGCGGCAGCAAAGGCGGAAGCUUUUCUCCUUGCUUCAGUUAGCGGCACCACACCAUAACAAAUUUGGCGUUCCUGUCGGGCCUCCGCCAUAUGCCAUCGAAACUUUCCCAUACGAUGCAUUCUCGGGUGAAAUUCCCUCGCUAUUCACGCAGAAUUCUGCUCCAAGCACGCUCUCCAAAUUUGUUAGCCAGAGCUCAACCACAUUCGUUGAAGAAAACCUUAAAACGACGUCUCGACCGCUUGUUUUCAAUGCCUUCCUACAGUCUAAGAAUGAUCACACUCGUGUCGAACGUCCGUCAACAAGCAAGUCAAACACCCCUUCUAGUCCGCCACAGACAUCAAUCUCUCCUAACUCGACUCAUUUCCCGAACAUGCCAAACAGCCCAAUGGUUCGCAACGAGUCCGGUUUCACCUUGACGAGCACUCUGAAAGAGAAACGCUCCGGCCAUUUUGAGUCUAGUUCCAGACGCUCAUCGUCCUUUGGUGUGGGCGACAAUAUCCCAUACCGCAAGCCAGAGCUACGUUUCACAGCGGGGCACUCAGCAUCCUUGUCAGCAUCUGCCAUCUCCAUAGACAGCAAGAGCAUGUACGGUUAUGCUCCUAGCAGCUACGCCGUUAGCACACUGGCAGCGAGCACGGUUAUGCCAAGCAUGCUCAUGCAGCCCGUCAGCUCGUCUUCGGAAACGGUUUGGGUUGAGGGACAUUGUCUCAAUUGGGAGAGCCAUGAUACUUCAUCCGUCUGCUCUGUAUGUGACGAGAAAGCUGAUAGUGAUGGCACAUACGGCUGCAGCGGCUGCAGCAUCACCGCGCAUUCCCGUUGUCUUGGGCAGGUGAGCUUAAUCUGUCCAUCAGCGUUCAACGCGGACAAGGUCAGAGCCUCCUUUGUGAGGUGCUUCGCUAGUUUUCUGUACACAUAUCGCAAGCAUUUGAGACCUGCGACCACCAAGGAGCAGAAGGCCGCGAAGCAGAUAUAUGCAUUUGAUAUGGAGGGAUUCGGGAGGAGUCUGCCGGGUGAGAUGUCCGACUAUGUUGGCGCUUUAAGGCAAACGCAGGCAUUCAACGAAUUCAUCCACGAGCGUGAAACCACCCCCGCCUCCAGCCCCUCCAUCCGCUUCUUCGACGAAAUCAUCCUCGCCAAGCGCAACCGCGGCUUCUCAACCUCCUCCUUCUUCUCCAAAGCCAAGACCUCCUUCCUGGAAGAUCGAUCCGAUCACCUCUGGCGAAGCGCUAGUGUGCCCAGCCCCAGCGGCGCAUUCAAGGGCGAGUACAAGAGCGUCAUUUGUAGGAUGCCUGCGAGGCUCGAUCCGGAGCUUAUGAUGGAGCCGAGGGUUAUUGGGGGGGUGCCGAGGGUAGUGCUUAAUGGGGGGAAGAGGAUGGGGAGGAAGGCUGUGCCGAGUCUUUUGGGGCCGAGGGGGGUGAAAUGA